UUUGGUGAAGCCAACGCAGACCCUAGAGCGAUAUAUGGGUCAUUGAUAAUGACAGAUGGUUCUUUCUCAUAAACACACACUCCUGCAUUGUCAUUUUUAGAUGUCGGUGCAUUAGAAAGUUUGAGUGUCACAGUAAAUUGUUUAGUUUGAGACUAUUCACAGAUUGAUUUCUAUUCAUUUCAGGAGCAGAACAGCCUUUGAAAAGAACAAGACUGACGUCUUUCGGAUCAAAACACACAAUGUUGGGCCAAUAAAGAAAAUUAGAAUCGAGCAUGAUAACACGGGCAUGAGUGCCAGUUGGUUCCUGGACCGGGUUAUCGUGACUGACAUGAACAGGCCACACCUCCGAUUCUUUUAUGCCUGCAACAAUUGGCUGAGCAGAGACGAGGGGGACGGACUUACUGUCCGAUAUCUGCUGGGCAGCCUGAACCCCAUGGACAUCCCAAAACAAAACAAAUACAUAGCCAGUGUCUUCACAAUGGAUGCUAAAGGCAGUGGGACAGACGCUGAUGUCUACCUCAAUAUUUUUGGAGAAUUUGGGGAUACAGGAGAACGGAAGCUGGCCAGCGAUGGAAAGGACAAUUUUGAGCGCGGUAAUGAAGACAAAUUCACCAUCGAAGCACCAAAUCUGGGCAGACUUCGAAAAAUCACCAUCGGACAUAACAACAAGGGGUCGUCUGCUGGCUGGGCGUGUGAUAAAGUUGUAGUAGAUGACAUGGGGAAUAAGGAGGUUUAUGAGUUUCCGGUCAAUGCCUGGUUUGACAUCUCAGAAGGAGACGGCAAAAUACAAAGAGAUGUGCUUGCCGGAGCCACACAGCCAAUGGCGAUUGUGUAUAACGUACAGGUGAUGACGGGUGAUAUUCGUGGAGCCGGAACUAACUCUAAGAUCCACUUCGUCAUGCACGGUCAUAAGGGUAUUAAGAACAGUGGUAAGUUGUUCCUGGAGGGAGGCACAUUUGAGCGUGCUCAGAUCGACAUCUUUAACGUGGAGCUGCUGGAGCUGAUCAGCCCGCUCAGCAGAGUCACGAUCGGACACGACAACGCUGGGAUCAGCUGCGGCUGGUAUUGCGAAAAGGUGACGGUAUACUGCCCCUUCACAGGUUUAGAGCAGGUGUUUCCCUGCGGCAGGUGGUUGGAUGAAGAUGAGGGUGAUGGACUGGUGGAGCGAGAACUGUAUGAGAUGGUCUCACUCAGACAGAAAAAGCAAAAGAAAUUGCCCUGGUCUCUGUGGAUCUGGACAUCUGAGAUUAAAGGUGCUGGCACAGAUGCCCAGGUAUUCCUGCAGGUGUACGGGGAGACAGGCAAGAGCGACCAGAUGAAACUCGAGAGUAAAUCGGACAGUUUUGAACAGGGACAGUGCGACAAAUUCAUUGUAUGUCUUUUUAUCUUUGUGCCUCAUUCUAAAAAUAUACAUAUUUAUACAAAGUGUCAAUUUAUCUAUGCCAUUACAGUAGAUAAGAAUAUGUCAGUAUUUCUAACGCAGUUUUUCUGUUAA